AUGGAGCUUCCCAAUCUCCGCAGGGCCCCGUCCUACCAUACGAUACUCGAGGCACUGAAAGACCUCCAAAUCAAUCCAGCAACUUGGGACGAUGCUUCUUUGGCUGAGGUAGACAAGUCCGCACACGAUGCGUCGGUCAACAUCUUCCUGAUGUCAGUCAUCACCAGCGAGCUCGAUUGGCUCACAGAAAUCAAGACCGAUGCUGGUAGAAACCUCCCGGCCGAUGAUCAGAAAGAGGUUUUGAUCCAAGAAGCUAGCAAGAGGGUUGCUGAGCGAUGUGGUCGAUCAGCUGCUGGCGAAAUGACAAGGACAUGGGUCAUUCCCGAGUCGUUGGAGAACCCCGAAAUCGGCUUGGACCUUCGUGAGCCUCCUCUCACUGGUGAUAUGCUGGGUCUGAAGACCUGGGGGACCUCGUAUGUCAUCUCGAAGAAGCUGGAGUACAUCGGAAAUGAGUUCCUCAGCGAGCUGGUAACUAAAUCAGAGGGUGGCUCUCGAGUUCUAGAACUGGGUGCUGGUACUGGUCUGGUUGGCAUGGCUGCGGCGGCAAUCUGGAGUACCAGUGUUGUGCUUACAGACUUGGAAGAGAUUCAGGAGAACCUGCUCUUCAACAUUGAAAAAAACAAAGAAACAAUUGAAAGCAUGGGCGGCCACAUCUCGGGUGCUGUACUGGACUGGACGAAGCCAAAUGAAGCACUAUCAUUGUUGCCGUCCAAGGAGUUCGAGAUCAUCAUAGCUGCAGAUCCUAUGUACGAUCGCGAACAUCCCGGCCUAGUCGCCCAAAUGGUCAGUAUGUUCUUGAAGAAGGGCACACAAUCGAGGGUUCUUACAGCAAUACCGCUACGAGACGAUCAUACCAAGAGGAUGGCUUUUGGGUUUACAGAGAUUAUGGUGAGUAACGGAUUCUGUGUGAUUCAUCAGGAAUUGGAAAUUUUCAAGGAUGAUUGGCAAGACAGAGAUGCAGUCAAAGUCCAGUGGACUAUUUGGCGCCGGGUCGACUGCAGCGGUACUGUUAACAAACAAUUAUUUUGA